UACCAGACUAUCUAAAACGCAUCCCCCAGUAGAUAUAUGUACAUAAAUAAAUUAUCAGUGAAUGAAUAUUUGUAAUAAAUAGAUAACCUGCAGUAGUAAACGGGCAUUUAAGGGUUCCGGUCCAAACGCCUCUGCAACAGAUACAUCGAAACCUAACAGAAUGUAUAAACAAACGUGCACCAACUUGCUGAAUCUUACACCUGUAGAGGUCACUGCCUGGCUAAACAGUUUCGAUGCCGUUAUAUCCGAUUGUGAUGGCGUACUGUGGGUAUAUGGAAAUGCAAUUGGCGGAUCCGUGGAUACCAUGAACCAGUUGAAGAAAAUGGGAAAGAGCAUUUAUUUCUGCACAAAUAAUUCGACAAAAACGCGUGCAGAGCUGCUGGCCAAAGGUGUGGAGCUGGGCUUUCAAAUUACUGAGGAAGGCAUUAUAUCGACAGCUCAUGCAACAGCCGAGUACCUGAAGCAUCGCAACUUUAACAAGUGCGUCUAUAUUAUUGGUUCGGAAGGUAUUGCCCAGGAAUUGGACGCAGUUGGCAUACGGCAUACACGUGUUGGGCCAGAUGUUAUGCAAGGUAAUCUGGGCGAGUUUAUGGCGAAGCAUUUAAAGCUAGAUUCGAAUAUUGGCGCCGUUGUGGUCGGAUUUGAUGAGCAUUUCAGUUUUCCCAAAAUGACAAAAGCUGCAUCCUACCUGAGCGAUCCAAACUGUUUGUUCAUUGCAACCAAUACAGAUGAACGUUUUCCUAUGCCUUCUUUUGUUGUGCCCGGAAGUGGCAGUUUUGUGAAUGCCAUUAAAACGUGUGCGGAGCGAGAACCCUUCGUUAUUGGGAAACCAAAUCCGGCCAUAUGCGAGUCGCUGAUUAAGCACAAGAAGAUCAAUCCGGCGCGGACUCUUAUGAUUGGCGAUCGUGCCAAUACGGACAUUCUACUGGGAUAUAAUUGUGGAUUUCAGACACUGCUGGUGGGCACGGGCAUUCAUCACUUGUGCGAUGUGCAGCGGUGGAAGCGUAGCACAAACCCGGAGGACAAGAAGUUGAUACCGGAUGUGUACCUGCCGAAAUUGGGUGACCUGCUGCCCGCCAUUGUGAACACCAUGACACAUGGAAGUUAUUAAUUUGUAUUUGUUUUUCAUAUUUAUACAGCUAAUGGAUUCCGCUCAGGGACGCUAUUAAAAUUAACAAUAGAAGGGAA